CUAACGCACAAUUUCGGGCACAUUGUGUGAAAUUGCGCAAAUAAACCUAGUGGAGGCGGAUUUACAUGUAACGUUGCAACCUGGGGCACAACAAGCCGCGUAGUGUAGCACACUUCGUGUGGGGAAAACACUGGGUUUUUGAUCUAACUAUCCAUAUCGACUCACAGUCACAAAAGAAAUAUCUCCUGACGAUAUUCCUCCGAAGAGACGGGAGCCAUUGGCAACGAGGACAGCCAGUGUCUCCGUGCACUGGCAAAGAAAGCGGACAUAUGUGGGGGAUAGCAACACAGACCACGUAGCGGAUGAGUCACAAAGGGAUUGCCGGUGAAGCACACAGAAGCUACACGGAGCACUUUUCCGGAAGCCCACAUCAAUGUGCUUCGAGAUUCAGAUGCUAACAGAUGUUAAACACCAGGUUCCCACUUGGAUGCAUCCCAAAUGACCGUGGAUUGAGUUAUUCCUCGUGUGUCCAAGAAAAGGAAUUGGCUAAAUAAGCCCUAGCUUAUGUGUAUGGCGUAAAAUGGCUCAGGGAUGGGAUUCAUACUUCCAUAAUAUUCCACCUCUUACAUUGGAGACAAGCACUUUGAGAAGAACAUCAGAGUCUGAGGAAAGUCUUCCCAAAGAUAUAGAGAACUUCAUUGGACAUCAUGACUUCACAGGCACAAUGGAUUCAAAUGAAGCCCCUGCAACAAACUCAAACUUUGACAAAAACUAUUACUCAAAUCCCUGUAUUGAAAAUACCAGGUCAGACUGUCUUUAUCAGAGAUACUGCAAGGAAGCACCAUUGCAAGCUGAUCUAGAACAAAUGGAGAAAGAUUACUUGCCAAGAUGUGCAAACAGUGAUAUCUCAGAUUUUGCUACAGAAGGGUUAUCAACAUCCGGACCUUUUCCUUCUUCUUUAGCAACAGAUUUGCAAGAUCUUAAGCAAGACUGGGGAAUGCUCGCUACAUCAUUAAUUGGGGACUACUCAGAUGUUAGUAGCUGCUCGGAGGCAGGUGAAACAAGGCAGUAUUGUAAGUUCAUGUCAAGGAAUUCUGUUCCAAAAUCUGAAAGUAAUGUUGCUAAAAAGCCCAGUUCAACAGAAAAGCUUUUCAAUGAUACUGCAAAAAGUAUGCUUCCCACUGAAAGCCUGUGCCCAAAUAUGUCUGAAACUGAUGGUAUUUUGCCAAGUACAUCAAAUGUGAUGGUAGCAGAAAACAUAGUUGAAUGUACUCAACAUGAGCAGCAAACUCCUGAAAAAAAUGAAAAAUCUUUAACAGGACACAAACAUUGCUCGUCGACUUCUAACAUGGUGACAACUACAGGAAGCAAGACUGUUGCGGGGAGAAAUGAUUGUGGUGCUUCUCCAGAUCAGAAUCUAAAGGAGUGUGUGGAGACAGACCCCACCCAAGAAAAAAAUUCAGAGGACUCGAUAAGUGGCCUUGAGACCUUGACUGGUGAUGGAAUAAAUUACCUAAAUGGCAAUGAGGAGGAUCAGAUUAUGGGGACAUUUCCAAAUAUCAUAACUCUGUUGGAGAAUAAGCAAGAUCACUCUGAUGAAAAAGUCCUAAGAAAGGAAAUUAAGGAAUCAUUUGACGAUGAAAGUGAUAGUUCGAACUCAACUAAUAGUCAAGUUGGAGAUAUGGAAAUCAACUUUCAGGAGAAAGAUGUUCAUGUAAAUACCUCUCAAUCUUCAGAUCAUCCAUCUAUCAAGGCAUCCAAUUGUAAAGAUGCCACUCAAAAUGUGGCUCAGGACAUAUUCAAGCCUGUGAUGAGUGAUGGUCAUUUGGGCAAUGCCAGUGACAAAGAAGAGAGUAGUGGUGCAACAGAGAAAACAAGUACCGCUGAUCAAAAACAAGAUUGUACUGCGCCUGGUGUCAAAAGUGUCAAUCUACUUAUUGAUACUACUGAUAAGGACGAGCAAAGUGUUACUGGUCAUGUAGAAUCCUGCUUGCAGCCAAACAGCCCAAGCACAGACCUAAAUCCUAAUCUUGAAAAUGAAUGUCCAGCAGAGAAUAUAAAUACAACCUUUUCAGAUCAGGAACUAUCACUUCAUCAAAGCCUACUGUCCCUAGAACCAGGAAGUCAAAGUGGGGAUGUUGAUGAAAGUUCAAGACAGUUGUUCAAAGAGAUGGACACAUCUAUAGAGGAGCAGUCUGAGCAUGACACGUUGUAUGGUGAGCCUCUGUCAACUGAAGAUUCUUCUUGUGAUGCUGAUGGUACAAUACUUGAUGCAAGACACUAUGAAGACACCUCUGUGUCCAGACCUGAGAGUAACAGCGUGAAAAAUGCAGAAGAAGCCCCGCAACUCAAAUCCUCUGUACAAAUGGCGAAACGCCUGCAACCUAUCGUAAUAUUGAAGACGUCAGAGUUAAUAAAUGGAAUAAGUAACUCUUAUCAAUGCUCGAAUUGUCAACACACAACCAACAAUGUGGAUCAUCUAAUUGAACACCACCAUUGUAAACAUACAGUGCACAAUUUCCAGUUUUGCAAGACUUGUAAUCUCUACCUGAUGAAAAAUAAGCAAACAGAAAAACAUGUGUGUUGGCAAACCCAAGAUAGCCCUGAGCUUUCUUGUGAUUCAAGCCUACCAAAGAAAAGAAAACGCUGCAGCGGACACAGAUGCUCAAAGUGUAGAAUUACAUUUUCAAAAAUUAAUCUAUAUGUCAAGCAUAUGCGAAUUCACACUGGCAAAACACCCUAUCAGUGUAUUGGAUGUGGAUUGUUUUUCGCACAGGGUAGUAGCUUGCAAAAACACAAGCGUAUACCUGGUAGAUGCAAGCGACCAAAACUUCCAGUCACAGAUGUUGAUGCUGUUAUCGGAGAAACUAAAAAAACACCACAGAAGAACUUGGUACCAAGCAAACCAUAUGAAAAUCCAUCUGGAUGUUAUGUAAAGCUGGUUAACAUCUCCAAAACCCAUCUGUGUAGUUUCUGUGGUAAAUGCUUCUUGACUGCAGUCAAGGCAAAAAAGCACAUCUGCAACUUACACAAUGGAAAGUGUCUGGCAGUUUCAUCAAGUCUGUGUACCACAAAACACAGUAAUGAGAAAACCCCAAAAGUGGAGAAUGACACAAAAGGAAAAUAUAAAUGUCCUCUCUGUCCACGGCUUUUCAAGUACUCCUACAACAGGGCUCGACAUUUGCGUGACUGUGUCAAACUUUCACUAACUAGUGGGAAGAAAAAGAUUACUGGUAAAUAUCGGUGUCCAUUGUGCCACAUAACCUUCACUUUACCAAGCAACCGAUUUAGACAUAUUAAAACUUUUUGUCUCAAAGACUGUCUUAAUCGACUUGCAAAGGAGAGGGCAAAAUCAAAGGAACAGACCAACCAGAGAAAAACUACAGAAAUGAAGCAAAAAACACCAUCAAAGAAAUAUGAAAAGACAAAACAGCCCCAGGAAAUUAAACAAAAAAAGCAAGCACCCCCAGCUUAUACACCCUCUACAACUGGUCCAAGGUACAAAUGCAGUUAUUGUCCAGCGGUUUUUUGUCAUGGUUCUGGAAAGUACAGACAUAUGAAGAAACAUGAGCAAUUUAAACUCACUGGUAAAAUGUUCACAUACAGGAAUUCAGUAUUCUCUACCUUGUCCGAAAAAGCAACUUUAAGUAGUGCAAGCACUAAAGAGUGUAACGAUACCUUAAAAUUCUCACAAGCAAAUGACCGUCUUGCCCUGAGCUGUACAUUUUGUGGAAGUUGUUUUGACACACAACAGUCAUUGAAAAGACAUGAGCAAAAUCACAGAGGUGAUAGACCAUACCGCUGUCUGGAUUGUGGAAACAGAUUCAAGAAACGUGCCUAUCUAAUCGUUCAUAAGAAAAGCGGUCAUCAGAGGAAGAUACAAUGCACUGUCUGCAGAAAGAUUCUCCCAACUAUUGGAGCAUUGAUCCAGCACCGAAAUUCGCAUCUUAAAAGGGGAAAGCUUCAAUGCCCAGACUGUCAUCAACUGUUCCAGUAUCCUGCAUAUCUCCUCAGGCAUCUGGAGAGCCACAAAAAUAGAGAAAACAAGACAAGCCUGCUUGAAGAUAGACCAGCUAUAAAACCACAGCAAUCCUUGAAGUCUGUCAAAGAGAAGAAUGGACCAAUACAGCGGCAGUGUUCCAUAUGCAAUGAGGUGUUUGAUGAUGCCCAUGUACUAAGAAAACAUUCUCUUACACAUAUAUCUGGGUCUUCGUCACACCAGUGUCCAUUUUGCAAGCGUAAUUUCAAAAAUCGCCGCAAUUUGCUACGCCACAUGGUCAUACAUACUGGAGAUAAACCCUUUUCCUGCAAUGGCUGUGGAAAACAGUUUUAUCUAGACGCGUAUCUCAAACUUCACAGUAAAAAGUGCUCAGCUGAUCAAACUAGACCUCUUAUCAAAUUGGAGUCUGAAACCAAGAAAAAAGGGCCACAUCAGUGUUCCUAUUGUCCUCGGACUUUUACUAAGAAAAACCGCCUGAAAAGACAUCACUAUGGACACAAGACAAACACUCUGCUUUUCUGCUCCGGAUGUGAGCAGUUCUUUGGAUUGACAAAAUUAAAACAACAUCAAAACAACUGCAUGGACACUACAAAGCACAACACUGGCUUCUCAGCCAAGGAGAGCAUCUGCAAAAGCACUUCACAGGCAAGCAAGAAUGUCAGCAAAAUGUCUUCAAAAUCCAAUGCAGCCAACAUGCUUUACUUUAAAUGCCCUCACUGUAUACAAAGGUUCAGGUACAGGUCGUUACUCUUGAGACAUGUUGUUAGCCACACUGGCGUACAACCCUACGCAUGUAUGCACUGUGGACAUUGUUACAGAAGUAAGUCAAUGUGUUUGAAGCAUGAAGCUUUCUGUGAUGGUGUUAAUGAAGAGGGAAAGUCAAAAGUGAAAGAUGCUACUGCAACUCAAUUGUCAAAGACUCUUACUCCCAGAGACGCAGCACAAAAUCCCAAAAUUGACGGGGAAGCUGAGUACAAGUGCAAAUUCUGUACCAAGACCUUCAUGAAAUCACGAAGCCUGAGACGUCACAUUUUGACACACAAUGAAGUGAAACCGUAUCGUUGUAAGGCCUGUGACAGCUGCUUUUCAAGGUACGAUCAUCUGAAAGUACAUCAGACUCGCUGUAGGGGGAAAAAGACGCAAUUGGAAGUCUGUAUUCCCAAAAUCAGCUUGGAUUACGUUGGCAAGGGAUGGCAAAAUAACUGCGGAACAGAACGCAAUGCAAAGCAUGAGACAUUUGAGUGCAACAUCUGUUCAAGGAACUUUCCAUCUCAGUCUAUACUGUCCCGACAUGUCACUAUGUUCCAUACUCCAAAACCAUUUAAGUGCACACGCUGUGGCUCAUCAUUCUCUCAAGAAAGAUCCCUGAAAAAACAUAUGAAGACGCAGAAGUGCAGAAGGCCCUACAAUGAACCCUCAGAAACUAAUCCACAAACAGAAAAUGUCACAAACCCGCUUAAAGGGGUGAGAAAUAGAAUUAUACAUCAAAUUCAGCCCUACUUCAACAAAACCUACAGAUAUGCAUGUAGCUUUUGCCCCCGUGCUUUUAAAAGCGGCUGGCAAUUGGCUGUGCACAACCGUCUGCAUACAGGAGAGCGGCCAUAUGCCUGUGAGGAUUGUGGUGAAAGAUUUAUAAGGAAAGAUUAUGUGAGACGUCAUUCAGCGAAGUGUCCCCAAAAAAGAGGCACUCUAUCGUCAACAAGAUUAUCAAAGUCCACAUUAUUUCAAAGCCAACAGACAAUCUCUAAAAGCCAAACAAAAGGCUUUUCUUGUGCAUACUGUAGUUCCCGUUUCCUGCUAUUUUCACAGCUUCAAGAGCAUUUUUUAAAUGAACACAAGCUGGAAACAAAGGUUCCACCUGUGUCCUCUGCUCCCCUACAACACCAUCUGUCAAAUAUACCUAACAUCAAAGAAGAACCUUUGGAUGAGAGUUGUGACAAACAGUUCAGUGUUGAGGUCCCCAAACCAUUUAUUUGCCCAGUGUGCAAUAUGUCCUUCACAAAUAAUGCUGGACUAACUGGUCAUCUGCGUGUUCACACAAGAAAAGUUCCUUUUAACUGUAAAACAUGCAAGAAGGGCUUCUGGAAUAAAAGUCUUCUCCGUAAUCACAACAGGAAAUGUAGAUAUGGAAGCUUUUCAGAGAAAACUAAAACCAAACAAUUGGAAGUCCCUUUGAAAGCAGAGAUUGAUAUUGUGCUGAAUGACAUGCUCGAUUUUGAAAAAUCCUCCAAAUUGGUGCAGACCGACUUCGCCUGCAAAGAGGAAUUUAUGGACAAAUCACCACAAAGUUCGGAGGAAAAUGACGAGCAAAGUAAAAAGAAGAAAACUGUGCAGUACCAAUGUUCCGAAUGUGAUCAGAGCUUCACAGAUGGCUUAUUGCUCAUUAGUCAUCUUGAAGACCAUGGAAGGCAGGAACAAGCGAAGAAGCGCAAUGCAUGUGUUAAGUGUGGACAGGUGUUUGCUAGUCAAACAAAUCUUGGAAGACACAUGAAGAUACAUGAAUCUGAUCAAAUGUUAACUUGUCCUGUCUGCUCCAGGAUUUGUACCACCGAAUCUGAACUUGAAAUUCACAGAACAUGCCAUGACCCUAAUAGGCCUUUCAUUUGCAAACUGUGUAAUCAAAGGUUUUGGACAAGACCAUCUUUACGUAGUCAUUACAGAGAAGACCAUUCAAAUGAUGUAUUUACUUGUCGUUUCUGUAACAAGGCCUAUACAGUCAGAAAAUCACUAGAAAGACAUUAUAAGAAGUGGCAUAUUAAAGAGCAGAGGGAUCUUAUGAAAACUAUACAGGGAAAGAGCCGUGCUGAAGAACCAUCCAGCAGUCAGGUCAGUACAUCUGGUGAAAGUGAUGAGGAUGACAGGAAUGAGGACAGUGACUCUGAUUCGGCGCCUUACUUCCCAUGCCAUGUGUGUGGCAAGACAUUCCCAACAUCUGAAAGUCUUGAGGAUCAUCAGCGGUGUCACCUGGGAGAAAAGCCACAUGAGUGUGCAGAAUGUGGUAGAUGUUUUUUUCAGGCAUCCCAGUUGCAGCAGCAUCAACGAAUGCACAAGUCUGAAUUUCAGUGUCAGGCAUGUGGCAGGGGUUUUGUCUCGCUUUUUGCACUGCGUAAACACAAGCAUACGCAUGGAAAGAGCCGGCCAUAUCGAUGUUCCAAGUGUGACUUUAGUUUUACAGGACCCUUGCAGUUGGCAGAACACAUGUCUACCCACCGUGAAGAAAGCUUCCCAUGCGAUAUAUGCAAUCGUGUGUUCCUCUCCAAGAGCAGUAGAGUCGAGCAUCGGAAAUGCCACUCAAUGUCAGUUGACCGCCACCCAUCUUUCACUACAAGAGAAGAAAGUGAGACGUCUGUUUCAUCUUCUGAGAUCUCAUCAGUAUCCACCGAAGAACUUAAGUAUCGCUGUGGUGUAUGUGGUGAGCGUUACAGAGACCCAGAGACACUAUCAGAGCAUGGUUGCAUGGCAGCCAAUGAACGACAAUACUCCUGUUCAGAAUGUGAUAAACAUUUUCUGCAUGCAUCUCACCUGAAAAAGCACAGGGCCAUCCAUCACCCACCAUCUAGUAGCAAAAAUCUAUGCAGUCAAUGCAACUGUAGCUUUCCCUCUCCUCAGCUCUUUCUAAGCCAUCUAAAGAGCCAUGAUACUGCUGGAGGAAUAGAACACGGCCGUGAAAGUAAAGAUGGAGAUCUAUCACAUGGCUUCAUAUGUCCAGAUUGUCAUCAGUGUUUUGCCAGUGCCACUGACUUGAUUUGUCAUUUUGCUACGCAUCCUAAUGGUUCAUUCGAAUGUAAAAGCACAUUACCAUCUGGAAGUAAACUUGAAGAUCAAGAUCACCUUCAUGUAAGCAACUCAGCUACUGCAUUUGAAUGCACCCAGUGUGGCCAGAGCUUUUUGGGAAGAGAUACUUUCCGUCAGCACCACUGUUCCCAUGAACAGCCCACAACAAUGGAGGCUAAGUGCUCAAACCCAUCUGCCAAGACAUCUCUUCAAACUCAUCAAGCAGCAGCAACAGAGGAGGAGGAAGUCGAUGUUCUUGGAGAGGACUUGUACAAUUGUCCUGUUUGCUCAAUGGAGUUCUCCUCAAAAAGUGUCCUUUUGGAGCAUCAAAACAAACUGCAUGGAACUGACAAGCCCUACAUAUGCAAGCUUUGUGGAAAAAUGUUUGCCAGGAGCCGGUACCUCAGAGAGCAUGAGCGAAGGCACCGUCAAAAAAACACAUCUCUGCAGGACACUGAAAAGUUCAUAUGUUCCCAGUGCCACAACAAAUUUAGUACAGCACAAGAUUUAUCAUUUCAUAUGAGAUCACACGCUGAAAACGAAGAUGGAGAGUUCCGCUGUGAUAUGUGCUACAAGUCAUUCAACAAGUGGUCUCAUCUUAAGAAGCACCAAGAAAGUCACAUGGGCCAAGUUGUAUAUGAAUGCACAGAGUGUGACAAAGCUUUCGCUUUUCCUCACCUACUGGAGGAACAUCAACAGACACAUGUUGGGACCUCUCCGUAAUGGUUACUGCAUACCAUCAACCUUCCCUUUCAUGGCUUAUCUCUGACUGUACCUCCAAUUGUUAUCACAACUUAGAUCUAGAUUGUUUGCCUUGUGUUACAUACUUACCAAGAUCUUAAGUCCUGUCACUAUGACAGUGCAUCUUCUCCUGCAUGUCUAUUGACAAAUAUAUGUAUUUUUAUUUGUAAUAACAUAUUUGUAUAAAGCCAAUCAGCCAGUUUCGUCAGUUUUUAAAUAUGUGUAAAUUGUGUAAAGCUGUUUUGAACAUUAAACAUUGUGUCCAAUCCAAACAACGCAUGAUCUGAGGAGAUCUUAAUGAAAAGUCUUUGAAAAAGGCUGACACUUGUAAGAUAUUCUUCAACCUUGUCCUUUUAAUCUAAUGGUAUUUGAUAUGACUUCAUGUACUGUAGAUAAUUUUAUAACUGUUCUAUUCUCGGUUUUAUUUUGAAAGUUUUGUGUACAUGCAUUUGAAAUAUACUGUAAUUGAAUAUUCUUUUCAAAACCCAAUGUUAACUUAAGGCAUUUAAGCAAAUUCAUUAAAUUGAGAAAUAAAAACAACUAUGAAAUACA